AGGUUACGCCAAUCGCAACGUGUCUUGAAGAAAGAUAAACUAUCAGAAAGAAUAUCAAUGUGUGUGACAGUUUCGUUCUUUUUCACAUCGUUGAAUUUUUUCGCGAGUUUAAUAUAAAUCUUUACGGAUAAUCUUCGAUUUAAUUUUUAUACUAUAACUUUUCAAACAAUUAAAUUUUGAUUAUUCUCUCAUCGAAAAAAAAACAGUUUACCAACACCAACAAGAGAUGUGUUCACUAAAAAUAUGUUGUAAUCUACAAUUUUUUUAGAUUAAACACCAAAUUCGUUUCUAUAACUUUGCGUCAAAUUAUAACGUUGUGAAACAAGAGAUACAUAGAAAAAAAUUAGAUCGGGUUUCAAAUGAAACAAAAAAAAACUGCUAUUGAUUAUGAAUAUUUUUUUAAUUAUGUAUAAAUUAAAAAGUAUAGCUGAGACAUCUCUCUCUCUCGUGGCACAAUAGAACAAAUUAUCCACAAUUAUCUCUAGAUGAAAAAAGUUACAUCUCGUUGGAUAUCUCAUCAACUGAAUGAUGAACAAAACCAAGAACGAGUUCGACUGUGUCGUGAAAAUUUAGCAAAUUUCGUGAUGGUUCCUGGCGAUUAUGUGAUAUUAUUACAGGUGAUGAGACGUGGAUUUACCAUAGGCAGAUUCAUCACAAGUCAACAAACAAAACCUGGAUUGGCGACGAUAUUAUUUAUGCAUUCAGAAACUGGUGCCAUGUCCUAUCCCGAUGUUGAUGCACAAGCUGAUAAUUGUGAAGAUGAAAAAGCUCAACCUCAUCAGCUUAUCACCAUGGAUUAA